UGAAGGACGCUGCAGACGCUUCAUCUUUUUGCAAUACAUUUUAUAAACAGCACGUUAAAUUGGAGAAAAUGUCUCUUUCGGUAAAAGAAGUUGCGACAAAGCCUAUAGAAGGCCAAAAGCCUGGCACAAGCGGGCUUCGAAAAGCUGUCAAAGUCUACCAGCAAGAAAAUUACUUGGAGAACUUCGUGCAGUGUACGUUGACAGCUGCCCUCGGCGACAAACUCUCUGGCAGUCGACUGAUCGUUGGAGGGGACGGAAGAUACUUUGAAAAAGAAGCUACGUACAGGAUUGUCCAGAUAUGUGCAGCCAAUGGGGUAUCAGAACUGUUUGUGGCUCACAAUGGUUUGAUGUCAACACCUGCAGUUUCAACUGUGAUAAGAAAGUACAAACUGGAUGGUGGAAUCGUGCUGACAGCGAGUCACAACCCUGGCGGACCUGAUGCUGACUUUGGUGUCAAGUACAACAUUGCAAAUGGAGGUCCAGCGCCAGAGGGAGUGACCAAUGCCAUAUUUGAACUAACAACAACAAUCUCUUCAUACAAAACCUGUCCAGAUCUGAAACCAGACAUUUCAGUCCUUGGAACACAGUCAUUCAUUGUCAAUGGCAAACCGUUUAUAGUUAAUGUUGUAGACUCUGUAAAGGACUAUGUGGAGUUUAUGAAGGAAAUAUUUGACUUCAGUGCUAUCAAAGCUCUUCUUGACUCGGGAUUGAAUGUGCUUAUUAAUUCAAUGAAUGGAGUGAUGGGCCCAUAUGCGAAGCAGAUUUUCAACUCUGACCUGGGCGUCCCUCUUUCUAACCUAAUCAACUGUGAACCUAUGGAAGACUUUGGAGGUUUGCAUCCGGACCCAAACCUCACCUACGCUGCGGAUCUUGUACAGGAAUUGAAGAAGGGUAACCAUGGAUUUGGGGCAGCAUUUGAUGGCGAUGGGGAUAGGAACAUGUUGCUAGGCCAGAAUGCGUUCUUUGUGACACCAUCUGACUCUCUGGCAGUGCUCGCGGACAAUCUAGAGUGUAUUCCUUACUUCCAGAAGUCCGGUGUAAAGGGCUUUGCACGCAGCAUGCCUACAAGUGGAGCUGUUGAUAGGAUAGCCAAAGCCAAGAAUCUGGAGUGUUUUGAGGUGCCUACUGGGUGGAAAUUCUUUGGAAACUUGAUGGAUGCUAACCGACUAUCACUUUGCGGCGAAGAGAGUUUUGGAACUGGAUCUGACCACAUUAGAGAGAAAGAUGGUCUCUGGGCUGUGUUAGCCUGGUUGUCGGUGCUAGCUAACAAGAAGUUGCCUGUUGAAACUGUCAUGACCCAACACUGGCAGAAAUAUGGCAGAAACUUCUACACAAGGUAUGAUUAUGAAAACUGUGAAACUGGUCCUGCAAACCAAAUGAUGACAAACUUGAAUGCAUUUGUGUCUGACAAGUCCAAUGUCGGCAAAAAUUACACGUCUGGGGAUAAGACAUACUCCAUUGCCAAUAUUGACAACUUUGAGUACACUGAUCCUGUUGACAAGAGUGUCAGCAAAAAUCAGGGCAUUCGUAUCCUGUUCAGUGAUGACUCGAGGAUCAUAUUCCGACUGAGCGGUACAGGUAGCAGUGGUGCAACCAUUCGCAUGUACAUCGAGGGUUACGAGUCAGAUCCAGUCAAGUUCAGUCUGGACCCGCAGGUCGUUUUGAAGCCCCUGAUUGACAUAGCGUUACAGAUUUCCCAGCUACGCGAACUAACAGGCCGACAAGAGCCAACUGUGAUCACGUGAAAACAUUGUGCUUUAUAUACUCUGUCAGAAACCAAAGACAAUGAUUACACAAUUUUUAGCUUUAUCUUGGUGCAUUUUAAUGUUGUUGUUACCAGUAAUGUUUAUGCGGCCACUGGUUUAAAACUGGUUCAUUGGUCUGGUUCAAGUUAGCCAAAAUGUUUAUUGAUUGGCCAAAUAUGCCCAGUUAUUAUAAGAAACCUAUUUAGCCAUUUAAACAUUCAAUCUAUUUUAAAGAUAACUUUUGGGCAAUUUAUCAAUGGUUUAUACAAUUGGUGCUGAAGUCGAAUUGCUAUGAAUUUGAAAUACUAUUGGGUGCUGUAAAACUAAGAUUUUUGGUGAUAUUCUUCUUACAUUUAAAUGUCAUCAAAAUAUGCUGAACAAAAAUAAUAUUGAAAUGCAUGUAUAUAUGGUUCGUUGAAAAUGCCACAUGAAUGAUGCUUUGUUAUAUAUGUUGCAUAUUCUUUAAGUUUCAUGCUAAGCUGUUGUAAAAUAUGUUGAUUUAUGUUAUAUUACAGUGUUUUUAUCUUUUAAGCCUGACUUAAAACCUGAAUGUUUGGGAGUAAAUUGUAAUAUAAUAACUAUGUGGUUCAAAUGUGGCAUUAUUCUUUAAUACCUCUUAAUUAUGGUUCAAUUUGGUAUAGAUAUUAUGGUUAGUUUUUUGCAUGUUUAUUUUUUUUAUUAUUUUCUAUAAUUAAGUGACAGUCUUGAAAGUCUGAAGGGUUUGUUAAGGUUUUGUUUUAACUGUUUGCUGAUUUCAGAUCUUUGUUCAAGUUAACAAUAAUUAGUAUAUCAUCAAAUAGUUCACAUUUGAAAGUUAUUGAUGUCGUUAAUUACGUUGUUAACUUGAACAAAGUUCUGAACAUUCGGCCCAUUUUGGAAUAAGUCUGGAUGUUUGGUUAACAGACAGACAAACAGCCAGACAUAAUUGUUGAUUGUCAUAAAGAUGUUAACAACUGUUUCUUGGCAAAACAUGAUAUGCAUUAGAAAAUAUUAAAUAUGGUCACAAUGAUACAUGAUAACAUAACAAUUGUGUUUUUCCCUUUAUUUUCUAACAAAAAUUACAUCUAUCUGUACUCUAUCUUUGGUCGUAAUAAAUACUCCAAAUGGCAUGGGAACAAAUGGGAUGAUGGUAUUUUACCUUUAUUGUAUUUUGGCUAAUAUUUACUAAUAUCGCAUUUUUUUAAAAACUUUUAUCAGGGAUUCUAGGGUUUUAAGCUUAUCCUGAAAUCAGGAUCGAGAGCUUUAAUCAUCAGACUAUUGUACAGUUUUACAGAUUUUUUUCUCGGACAUAUGCAUCAAAACCAGCAGAAGGUACAGUGAAAUGACUAUAAAUGACUUUGGAAACUAUGUCAAAAGUGGUCUAAGCCCCUUUACCAGUCUUUGGACAUGAAUCCCUCAUACUCAAACAGACCCCUUUCUGUAAGAAUCCCAGGUACCACGGCUUUAUUCAUACACGGCUGUUCUAUUUCUUGCCAAUUGCUACAUUUUCAUUUCUAUUUUAUUUAAUGCUUGAUUAUUGUAUCUCAAACUUCACUAAGGAAUAUUAUCUAAGCGGUGUGUAAGUAUUGGCGUUCGUAUUAUAUUGGAAAGAAAUCAAGAAAAUAAAAAAGAAAGAUUA